CCUUUUGCUUUUCUGUUCAGGACGCUCCGGGAGGAUCUUCUCUGCAAGGGCUGUGUGGGAGACAUCCGCAGGGAGAGAACACCCUUUUGGGACGUACUGGUUGGGGCAAGGCUUAUGCUGCAGGUUUUACUCAGGAGCAAGAACACCACCGAGGCAGAAGAAUGGAGCGCCUGGCCUCCUUCAGUAAUGACCCUUUUGAUAAGCCUCCGUGCCGAGGUUGCUCUUCGUACCUCACGGAGCCCUAUGUUAAGUGUGCUGAGUGUGGGCCUCCUCCCUUCCUCCUGUGUUUGCAGUGUUUCACACGAGGAUUUGAAUACAAGAAACAUCAGAGUGAUCACACUUACGAGAUAAUGACUUCUGAUUUCCCUGUCUUGGAUCCUAACUGGACAGCUCAAGAGGAAAUGGCUCUCCUGGAAGCUGUGAUGGACUGUGGAUUUGGAAACUGGCAGGACGUAGCGAACCAGAUGUGUACCAAAUCCAAGGAGGAGUGCGAGAAACAUUAUAUGAAACACUUUAUCAACAAUCCCUUGUUUGCAUCCACAUUACUGAACCUGAAGCAGGCGGAGGAGGCGCAGCACAACGAAACAGCCAUUCCUUUCCACCCUGCUGAUGAUCCCCCACGGCCUACUUUUGAUUCCUUGCUCUCCAGGGAUAUGGCUGGGUACAUGCCAGCGAGAGCAGACUUUGUUGAGGAGUUUGACAACUAUGCUGAAUGGGAUUUGAGAGAUAUUGAUUUUGUAGAAGAUGAUUCAGACAUUUUGCAUGCUCUGAAGAUUGCAGUUGUAGAUAUCUAUCAUUCCAGGUUAAAGGAAAGACAGAGAAGAAAAAAAAUUAUCAGAGAUCAUGGCCUAAUCAACCUCAGAAAAUUCCAGAUUUUGGAAAGACGAUAUCCAAAGGAGGUUCAGGACCUUUAUGAAACAAUGCGACGAUUUGCACGAAUCCUCGGACCUGUAGAGCAUGAUAAGUUCAUUGAAAGCCACGCAUUGGAAUUUGAGCUGCGAAGGGAAAUAAAGCGCCUACAGGAAUACAGAGCUGCAGGAAUCACCAAUUUCUGUAGUGCCAGAACAUACGAUCACCUCAAGAAGACGAGGGACGAGGAACACCUGAAGCGCACGAUGCUGUCGGAGGUGCUGCAGUACAUCCAGGACAGCAGCGCCUGCCAGCAGUGGCUCAGUCGACAAGCCGAUAUAGAUUCCGGCCUGACUCCCACGGUACCAGUUCCCUCAAAUUCAGGUAGACGGAGUGCCCCACCGCUGAACCUCACGGGUCUCCCGGGGACAGAGAAACUCAACGAGAAGGAGAAGGAGCUCUGUCAGAUGGUGAGGUUGGUCCCUGGAGCCUAUUUAGAAUAUAAAGCUGCUUUAGUGAACGAGUGUAACAAACAGGGAGGCCUGAGACUAGCGCAGGCUAGAGCACUCAUCAAGAUCGAUGUGAACAAAACCAGGAAAAUCUAUGACUUCCUUAUCAGAGAAGGGUACAUCACGAAAGCCUGAGGACAGACACGGGCGCGUUGGCUGGAGCAGACAGAUGUGGAGAAGCUUUGAAGUCGCUUUGACAGCGCUGAAAGAUUUUAACAGUGUUGAAUGAAGGACAUUUCCUUUUGUUUAAAAUCUUUGGGGGCUUUUUUUUUUGGGGGUUUUUUUUUUUUUUUUUGUAAAAACAAGUAGGGAGCUUUGUUAAAUUGUGUGAAUACUGACAUUUCUUUGUCUGGUUUCCUUUCGACUCUGCUGUUUAACACUGCUGUUGUCAGAAUUACGCUGCCAUGUAGCGCUGGAAAGAAUCAUACGCCAUCUAAGCUAGACUUAAAUGUGAAUGGGCAUUUAUUUCUAACACCUCCUGUAACUAAAAAGGGAAUCACGGUACUUUUAUGCUGACAGUGACACAGAAUAAGGACAGAAGAGCAGCACGCAGCGAGAGUGACACUUUGACUUUGUGCGAAUACAGGGGUAUAGAAAUGCAGUCCCCUCCCUUGUACUCCCUCCUAAAACAGCGGCAGCUUUCAAAGGAGAUAGCACAUGCCUGAGGGUAUAAAAAUAGAGUUUGCAGUGGUCCACUCUUUUUAACUUAAUUGUGAUAAAGGAUGGGAAAGGACAUUGCAGGGAAGCUCCUCAACAGUUGUUACUUUUAUGUGAUAUUAGCACAUAUCACAGCAUGAGAGCACUCUACAAACCAAUAAGCUUCAUCUCCUUGCUACUGGAUUUGUGAUAGUCAAGUUCUCUGUAAUCCCUCAGUUUAAGUCUUCGGUGCUCCGGCUCGUUGGAAAGGCUGGAUGUUACAACCAGAGCAGCCUUUUGGAACACAAAGAAAGACUCUCUGUACCCUGACCUUCUCUCACAGAGAUAACAAGCAAAGAGCACCACAAACUGCCCAGAGCACACACUUCAGCCCUCCUGCUCGUGGGGCCUCUCAGCUUAACCGCGUCGGCGGCGACUUACCCAGUUGACCAACAAAGCAACAACGAGGUGCAACAGGUCGCUACACACGCACAAUGUCACGCCGGAUGACCCAUCGUGGGGUUUCAGAACAAAACCUUUGUAUUGGAAAACACAGCCGGAUGAUGGAGAUGGUUCUUUUCAGAUGCAGCUUGGCGUGGAUCACCAGACAGUAAAGUCUUCAUCAAACAGCUUCCAUUGCUAAUGUAUAACGCCGAAAUAACGUCCCAUAUGUAACCUGACAGCCAAAGCAGGUGGGAUGGUGGGUGCUCUCCAGUUGGGGAUCUCGUGGGAGAGCUACAGCUAUACCAAUACCUACUUAAGGGGGUUAGAUUUGGGUGGUUUUUUUUUCCCCCAGAGUAAUUAUCCUGUGUACCUGAGGUGCUACUGAAUGUGAAGUAUUUUGAUUUAUAAUAAAAUCAAAAUGGCUUGAAACAAUCGUACAUUCGCGUUCCUGGACUCUGAGUGGGACUGUAAAGGUCACGCAGCUGCCUGUAUCUGUAUCCAUCAGCUUCCAGCCAUGAGAGAGAGAUAAAUGCCCAACAGCGGCUGUAUGGAUGCGACCACUAAAUUACCUAGAAAAUAUCACUAUUUAAAGAAGAGCAGCAGUAAUAAACCACAUGUUGAAGAUUAAAGUCUGUAGCAGUUGAGACUGUAUAGACUGGGAAUGCCAAGGGAAGGGACAAAGUGAGCUGUAAAUCCUUGGGAAUGUUUUUUCCCUGUUGUCUUUUAACAUUAACCAAACAGCUGAACUACCUUUUCCUCUUGCCUGGUCUCCUGUGCUGCAACUUGUACCAAAAAAAAAAAGCAGCAGAUGAGUCAAAUACACGGAGAUUGGCGACAUCCUGCCCAAACUUCAGCGACCUUCCUUCACCCCAGAGUGACCCAGAGAGGACUGUGAGCAUGACCUGCUUUGGGCACUGCGAAAUAAUUUGCCCAUCUGGAAAAUGUCGGGGGGGAAAAAAAAAUCUCCGGAAAGGUGAGAACUGUGAUAAACUGCUCAGGAGGGGAACCAGAAAAGAGGCUUUUCUUUUCCAAGGUUUCCCCCUUUCACAGGGCAUCUCCCAAGCAGGGAACAGGCCCCCAGCACGCCUGUGCUGCCGUCAGCCUCUGCUGCUCCUGCUGCCUUUAAUUGCCAGGCCCUACCGCCAUGUCC